CUCAGAGUUAUCUCAGAUACAGAAUGGGGUGGAUCUGUCGUUACUUUGUCAGCUGUUGGAUUUGGUGUUCCCUUCUCUCCAUUGUGAAUGCUGAAGAACUACUGGAACUGGGCGAUCCAGAAGACUGCAACAAUGCUGGCUUUGUUCCUGGCUACAACCUUGGUGGAGAGGGCUUUGAUGUUGUGAAGAUGGAGCGAAAAGGGUCUUAUGUCAUCGACAUGGAAAAGUGGGACAUUGGGAACGGCAGCUGCAAAACAUACAGUAAUACAUACCUGGACAACGCAAAGCAGAAGAUACCUGCUGCUGUGGAGUUUUGGAGAACACUCCCAAAGUGUUCAAUGCAGGUUUCCAGCAAGAUUUAUGACUCAAGUGAAGCUCUUGUGAACGAUUCUACUUCGUCAAUCUCAAACAACUGGAAAAUUGGACUCGAUGUGAUGACUAAGGGUUCGGUUUCGGUGGGAGGCACUCAUUCCCGUGAAUCACAAUUCGGUAUGAAGAAGUCAAAGGAGGACAAUUUCAGCUUCACCAAGCAUGUUGUUCACUGCAGCUUUUACAGCUACAAAAUAGUGUCUUCACCCCCACUGCAUAACGAGUUUCUAAAGGCUCUGCAGUCUCUUCCCAAAGAAUAUGAUCCAGAUUCCUAUCAACGCAUAAUCGACACAUUUGGCACACACUAUACCACAGGAGUGGACUUAGGUGGGAAGAUGAAAGCAGUAACAGCCAUCAGAACCUGUAAAGCAGCAUUAAGUGGACUUUCAGAAACGGCAGUCAAAGACUGUUUGGAUGUGGAAGCAUCAGGCACACACAGUGGUGUUACUUUGAGUGCAGAGUUCAAACACUGUCAAGAACUAAAGAAGAAAAUGAGUACAGAUGAAAAUUUCAGCUCAAUGUUUAAUGAGCGAGAGAGCGAGUUUAUAGGAGGGAAGAUCAGUGGUGAAGAUCUCCUUUUCUCCAGAACCUCGCAACCAGAUUCUCUAAACCAGUGGUUGGAUUCCCUGAAGACCAUCCCAGAUGUGGUAACAUACACUCUUCAACCCCUACAUUCAGUGCUGGACAAUAACCACCCUGCCAGAGAGGGACUAAAGAAGGCAGUAGAAAAUUAUAUCAGUGACAAUGCUUUAAAAACAGUUUGCUCCGGGUCCUGUAAGAUAGGGCAUCACAAUAGUGCAAGAGACCCCUGUGCCUGUGUUUGCGAAAAAAAUCAAAAUAUAUUGUCCAACUGCUGUCCUGCUGGAAGAGGUCUUGCCAUAAUGAAGGUUUUCAACCUCCACGCAAACGGUUUAUAUGGAGACUGGUUUAGUAAAACAGAUGGGUAUGUAGAGGUCAGGUAUGGUGAAACAUUUAAACGCACUGCAGUAAUUGAUGAAAAUGACAAUCCCAGCUGGAGUGAAUCAUUUGAGUUUGGUCCUAUCAAGAUGUCCAUCGGCCAAAGACUAUCUUUCAAAGUAUAUGAUGCAGACGUGUGGAGCAGUGACCUUCUUGGAGAGUGCUCCUUUGAGCUGAGAAGUGGACAAGUUACUGACACAUGUUUCUUCCAGUAUGGCACCUUCUUUUUCUCCUAUGUUGUAGAAUGUGCUCCUAGUCUGCAGGGUCCAGUGUGCGCAGAUUACAAACCUUCUCCAAUGGACACCCAUCUGGCCAAAAUAUUCCACUCCAGAAACGGCAUUCUGGCUAAAGAUAAGUGGAAGCUCCAGGUGCCCCAGAUUAACUCCAAUAACCGCUUUGUCAAGGGUUAUUUUAAGUAAUACCAAUCUUACGCAGCAUUUAUGAUACUAAUCAGCUUAGCUCCUAUGGCUUGUUUCACAGAUGAACCCCUCUGUUUAAAAUGAAAAAAGAGAAUAUUGGUUGGAUUUGAUCAUUGUUUGCUGAAUGUCUGACUGCCUUGC